AUGGAUCCCGCAUCGCUACGGCGCAAAGACACCACCAAGGGUCCUCCGCUGAGGAUCCUGUCGCUUGAUGGAGGCGGCGUUCGCGGCUACUCCAUGCUUAUCAUCCUCCAGGAACUCAUGUACCGCACCUACGUCGAGUGUGAAGGAAAACCUCCGCGUCGUGACCAAAUCCCGAAACCGUGCGAUCAUUUCGAUCUCAUCGCCGGCACCGGCACCGGCGGUUUGAUCGCGCUCAUGCUAGGCCGGCUGCGCCUGGAUCUCGAAACAUCCAAAGAAGUCUACGUGCGGAUGACCCGGAAAGUUUUUGAGACCGAUAAGACUAUCGCUGGUAUUCCCUACCGAUCGACCCUGUUCAAGGCCUCCAAGCUCGAAGAAGCCAUCCGCGAAUGCGUUCGGGAACAUACGGUUUACGAGGCAGAGGGGAAUGACAAAGCCGAUGCCAAUCCACGCGCGUCGAUGGCCAGCCUGCCUUAUAGCUCUGGCUCAGUGCCUCAACGGACUCUUAGCCGGGGAAGUUUUAGCAUGCAGCCGCCUCCGUCAACUGCCUCCGACCGGAGGAACUCCACGUUUAUCAACGGUCUGCGCUGGGGUCAGCCGGAUGCCUCGCUUUACGAUAAUCGGGAAAAUCGGACCAAAACAGCCGUCACUGCUCUUUACAAAGGCACUCCGCGCAACACACCCGCCGUGCUCCUCCGAUCCUAUGACUCGCGCCGGGAACCACCGCCGGAAUUCAACUGUACCAUUUGGCAAGCGGGUCGCGCAACUUCGGCCACGGGAUUGGCUUUCAAGCCAAUUCAAAUCGGGCAACACGUCUUCAUUGAUGAAGGGGCUGGCACGUAUAACCCGGCGCCACAGAUCCUCGACGAGGCCGUCGUGAAUGAGUGGCCUGGUCGCGAGGUCGGCGUGUUUGUUAGCGUUGGCACCGGGAAGCGGCCAGCUGGUACGAACAGUCGCCAGCAUGAAUGGUGGGAGGAUUUCUUUGGUGAUGCACUCGGUACAUUUGCCGAGGCCCGGAGGCGACUGAUCUCAAAGAUCGAGGGCUGCGAAGAUAUCCACCAGGAUAUGCUGCGCGACUACCUCGCCCAGCGCCAAGUGAGCAAGGAUAACUAUUACCGCCUCAAUGUCGAGGUCGGAGUGGGCGAAUUCGGUAUGAAUGAGUGGAACCGGCUGGCCGAUAUCAGCACCAACACUCGUCGGUACCUGGCAAAACCGGACGUGAAGAAGAUGAUCCUGGAUGCGAGCGUCAAGUUUGCCAAAAUCGACCGUAUGAACCGUCGCUUGGCCAACCACGCUGCCGCCGGCUGGGAGCGUGAUGACUUGUCCUUUGAUUUGGAGCGGGAGGAGAUGACGGUCUCUGACCACAACGUGUCUGAGCUGCCUCCAUCAUCCCAUCAAUUCGCGGUGGAAUUACCCGCCGAACCCGUCGAGUACGCUCCUCACUCACCGGUGCAAGCAGCACCGCCCGUCACCGUGUCUGCGCCUCCACCCACACCAAUGUCGGUCGAUUCGCUCCCAGCGCAUCCAACGCCACAAGAUAAUUACGCCUCCUCCUCCAGAUACUCCGCCAGCGACGUUUCCAGCUACCGACCCAGCCACGAGUACAGUCGGCCCACAUCGCAGCAGCAGCAACAACAAAACUCGCCCCGGCGAAGUGGAGAGAAACUCACCCCUCACGACGGCAUGGGGCCCCCGGUGCCGCCUCCAAUACCGCCCAAGACCCCAAUCCAACACUCCGCUCCGUAUCCGGGCCAGGAUGAUGGAGGGAUCUCCAUGCCAGCACCGCUGUUCUCCCAGGGAUCUGUUCCUGCUGGGGGUAAAGUGCGGCCUCCCUAUCCGGUGGAUGAGCCACCACCCGCGGUGAACCGCCAGCGGAAACCGAGCUAUCACGUACGGUGA